AUGUCAACGAAAACUACUACUCCCCCGCACAGCACGAGGAAACGAAGGAGACGUGAUUCUUCUGAGCGACCAAUCUACUUGGUUGUUGUGGAAUCUCAUCAACAUGUGUUGGAACACAUCCACACAGUGCUGCGAAAGGAACGGCUCUUGACAGAGGAAUGGUCGAUGCUACACUUUGAUGCCCAUCCCGAUUUGGCUUGUCCCCAUGAUUCCAUUCCUGCAAAGGCUUGUUUUCUGCCCCACCACGAGUUUUCUUCCAAUACUAGUAAUAAUAAAGGCAGCAAAGAAGAAGAAGCAAAGAAGAAGAACCUCUACGAACUUCUCGAUUCGACAGCUACGGGAAUUGCCGAAUGGAUUUUGCCCCUUGUCCUGGCUGCCAAUCUACGAAAGGUCCACUGGAUUAAACCCAAUUCUUCCCAAACGGCACAAAAUACCAAUAGUUGGCCGCGGCCUCCAUCGCAGCUUCCACUGGGGAAACACAACUAUCAAGUGGGUGCCUCUGUGUUGAACAAAGACAACAACAACAAGAUUGACUCUUUUGUGGAUUUACCAGAGUCGGCAAUCGUAAAAGUCGACUGGCCACACCCCUACUACUUGGAAGAUAAUUGCACUGUCCAUUUCGGCGAGAAAGAAGAAUCAUUUCUACUGGCCCAACCUUUGGAGCUGCAAAUCUCCGAGUUGCUGUCCAACAAUGGGACUGCCAACACGGCACCACCAACCAACGUGACGUCCAAUCUGUGGGCACUUGAUAUUUGUCUCGAUUACUUUGCCUGCCAAAACCCAUUCCUGACCGAUCUGGAAGCCAAGGAUCCAGUCUACACUAGGGCAUUGCUACAAGUUGUUCUUCAAUCGCAGUUAUAUUCCCAUUCCAUCAUGAAUACACCACCAUCCACAAUACUUAUCCAAAAGCCAUGUGAGCUGGAUCGUCUAAAGGAUUAUCAACGCAAUCUACACGAGUUUUGGAGUUUCCUAGUGGAUCUUUUAACGCAGGCUGACAAAGAAAACGCUGCGAACAUCCAGCAAAACACGCGUAGUAUCCUUGGGGCGUACUAUGCAGAUCCUUCUCAUGGAGAAGCGUUGGUAAACGAAUUCGUCAGAGCCUUUUUGGCCAGCGACCAACUUGAGUUAGUCACCAUGACACAGCAGACUCUUCCAAAUUUGAUGAUGCCACAUCACACAGCUACAUGUUGUGAUGAUGAGGCAAAGGUAUCUGGUGACAGGGUCGGCAAGACUGGCACCAUGGCAACGGGGCCUUUUACGAUGGAUAAGAUCCGCCCUGCUCUGGAACAAGUCCAACACACUAUUGAUCGACACAUGCAUUCUUCAGCAUCCAACCAAGACUGCAUGGCCCAAGACGCUAAUCUCCCGAGGUGUCCACCAUUCAUAAUCACAAUGGCAAGGAGUUCUGCUGAUGGUUUUACUCCGGCUCAAGUCGUCGACAAAUUGCAGGGUGAGAUACUUCAAUUUGUGCAUACACUGUACUGUGGGUGUCCCAGGAAGAUUGACAAUCUAAACAACACUAUCACACAACAACAGCAACAGCAACAAGAUGGAUCAAUGGAAAAAUGUCAGUUUCGAUUUGUUUUAGACUAUGGGAUACACGAGGGUUCAUGUUUCAUGGAUUGGCCUCCUCCUUCCAAAGGUCCCAAGAAAGCUGAUGUUUAG